UAGCGAAUCGUUCAGUCAGAUUCAGAGCAAUACGUUUAGGUCGGGUUUGGGAAUAACAUGAAAAGAUCCGAUCAAAACGAAAGAUUCAUUCACGAAUAGGACAUCGCUAAUAUGCAAAACCCCCUGUGUCAUAGCCGAUGCAAGCGGGGCAUUGAACACAGCAAUCGGCUCCGUUUGAGCUUCACAGCUCAGUCGAGAUUAUUUUUCCCUGUUUACCGACGUUGAAAGUAACAACAUGCUGUUUUCGACGAAAGCUGACAAGACCAACUAAGAAAAGGAAAUGGCUUGGUUCCACCAGGCUUUACAAGGCUCAGGCCAGCCAGAUGGAUCCAGGAUGCCCCCUACAGUGGAAGAUCUGUCCCAUACACAGGUCUCCAAGCACACCAUUACACAGUUGGGGAUGUCAGACGAACAAGGUUGGUCAACCCAUCCUCCAGUUUCCAUCACAAACUUUCCGGCUGCUUCAGGAGGCAUCGUUCCCCAACGUCUGGAUGCACUGUCCUGCACAUCUCUCAACGUGGGCUCCAGAGAAGACUCUGUGCCGCUGUCUUUCGUGACGCUUCAGGAGCAACGAUGUGUAAUAAGUUGGUUUAUAGGAUGGAACACUGUCCAGAAGCAACGUUUUAUGGAGGAUCUCAUUUCAAAGGCUGUCCCUGGAAAGGUGUCAAGUCUGUUAGACCAACUCAACACACUGCAGGUGAAUGAUCGCCCACCCAACAUUUUUGAAUGCCAGUUAAGACUGUGGACUCAGUGGUUUGAUUCAUGGAGCGAAGAGGAAAGAAAUGCCUUUUUGAACAGCUUAGAAGAAAAGGAUUCAACCUUUGUUGCGUACUUCUAUAGCCAAGUUGCUGGUACUGCAGGCAGAGACUGAGGGUCUUUGCACAUCAUUUUUUGUUUGUUUGUUUGAGAAUAAAACUGAAAUCAAGUCUCCAAUGGACUAAUCUACUGUUAAAGGCUUGUGAACUACUAAGCACUGUGUUGACCUUAAAAAAGUUUGUUUGGAUGCAAAAUCCAUCAAAAAAAAUCCUAUUAAAAAGUUUUUUUCUGAACGUUUUUCUAAAAUAAACAAUGUUUUUUCACUC